AUGUCUCUCUACAUCGUAGAGCUGACUGACGACCAGCUUUGGCGUUUCCAGUUGUAUGAGAAAUUUGGUACAAACCUCUCCAUGCUUUAUCAUUUAAAUCUUCUUAUGAAAGGCCAAUCAGAAGAAAUAAAAAGUGAGCGAAUCAAAAAGAUAAUGUUAGAAGAAUUUGGAAUAUAUUACCGAACAAAAGAAAUAUUACGUUUAAAUGAAAUUUUCGAAGAUCAUCCAGAAAUAAAAUUUUAUGAUAAACACGAGGCUUUAGUUCUAUUGCAAGAACAUCCGCCAAAAGAUAGCCAUUGUUCAGACGCUAUGCAAACAUAUGAUCCUCGAUGCUCUUUGCAAUUUCGUAAGCAGUCUGUAUACAUUGUUUUUUUACUCACCACUUUUUCGUUUUUUUGGCUAGAAAAUGAAGUGGCUAUGGAUACAGCCGGUUAUUCAGUAUUACCAGAAUAUCAAAAAAUCGUUCCAAAACGUUUCGAAGAAUGUUCAUCAUCAUCUGAAACAUCCAGUGAUGAUUACGUGAUAGCAGAGGCUCUUCAUGAUGUCGUUACAAAAAUUGGCCGAGUUGGGCUAUCAUCGCCUGUUUUACAAGUUUCUGGUCCCUCAUUAACAACAACCUUAGAUUCAAUAAUUCAUCAUCCACUUUCGUCUUUGUUACCAAGAGGAGCUGUUGUGGCAUCGUCUCAGAGUCUUCCAUUAAUGAAAACCAUUGACGAAGUCAAAGCAGAAAUUACCGAGAUAAUAAAAUUAGAUCCUUUGCCACCAAAUAUUAAAGACAUAUGUAAAAAAAUUCUACUUAUUGAUUCAGUCAUCAUAACAAGAUCAAGUCUAGAAUAUUAUUAUCGUCGAUCGUCAGCUAAAAAUCGUGACAAAGCAUUAGAUACACUUGAAAAACGUGGUCUGCUGCGUCGUGGUUUUUUCCUAUCCAAUAAACAACAAAUAACCGAAGCUUGGAUUAAAAUUCCGCCGGCAGAAAUUGAUAGUCCAGUAAAACUGAUAAUACAACCUCGAUUGGAUGAAUUUCAAAUUACAGUCAAAGAUUAUAUCGAAAAAUGUCGAAAAAUCGAUUCAUCACAGUGGGGGAAAUCUUACGUUUCAAAAGAAUGUGCUGAUCUGUUGGUCAAACCACCAUAUAAAGCACUCUCGAUUCCAAUUCAUCUUGAAUCAAUACGAGUACCAAGGCAGAACAAAUACAGAAAACUGUUAGAAAUAGCCAAGGAACAGUUUGCUCCACACUCAAAUAUCCAAGCUCCGUCUAUUUCUACAUCGUCGGACCAAACUACACCAGUCAUUCUCCAGUCAGCAGACGCUUCGAUAUCUGUAUUUUAUGAAUCAAGAACAACCAGAAGUGCCAAACGUCCUCUGGAGAACGAAAAUGAUGGAGCUACGGGUGUCAAACAGGCGCGGAAAACAUGA